CCUGACGUCACUUCCGUCGCGUUUCGGGGCGGUACCAAGAUGGACUCUUCACGGGCCCGGCAACAGCUCCGUCGGCGAUUCCUCCUCUUGCCGGACGCCGAGGCCCAGCUGGACAGCGAGAGUGACGCCAGGCCGGAAACCUCCACAGCUGUUGAGAAAAAGGAGAAACCUCUUCCAAGACUUAAUAUCCAUUCUGGAUUCUGGAUUUUGGCAUCCAUUGUUGUGACCUAUUAUGUUGACUUCUUUAAAACUCUUAAAGAAAACUUCCACACUAGCAGCUGGUUUCUCUGUGGCAGUGCCUUGUUGCUUGUCAGCUUAUCAAUUGCGUUUUACUGCAUAGUCUACCUGGAAUGGUAUUGUGGAAUUGGAGAAUAUGAUGUCAGGUAUCCAGCCUUGAUACCUAUUACCACUGCCUCCUUUAUUGCAGCAGGAAUUUGCUUCAACAUUGCUCUAUGGCAUGUGUGGUCACUUUUCACUCCGUUGUUGUUGUUUACCCAGUUUAUGGGGGUUGUAAUGUUUAUCACACUCCUUGGAUGAUUUCUGAAGGGUCUGGUUUGAGACACUAAGAAGGGUAAGACAUCAGUUUGGAAAGAGACCACAUCAGUGCAACAUGAAUUCUGCUAAAAUCGAAGCAAGAACAAACAUCAAUUUAUUGUGAAGCUUGGGUGAAAAAAUGGUGAAAUCAUUAAUGCUUCACGAAAAGUUUAUGGGAACAGUGCCCCAAAGAAAUCAACAGCUUACAAAUGAAUAACUUGUUUUGAGAAGGUAUCAGAUGAUGUUGAAGAGGAAGCCCUCAGUGAGAGACCUUACACACGAAUCUCUGAGGAAAAAAUUAAUCUUGUUUAUGCCCUAAUCAAAGAGGACUGAUGAUUAACAGCAGUUAACAAUAGCAGAAACAAUAACCAGUGUCAUAGACACUGAACACUUGGUUCAGGUUACACAAUUCUGACUGAAAGCAAACUUUCCACUUGAUGGGCACCAAAACUGUUGUGCCCAGAUCAGCUGCAAACAACAGCAGAGCUUUCAAUGGAAAUUUUAAACAAGUGGGACCAAAAUCCUGAAGCAUUUGUUCAAAAAAUUGCAACAGGAUAUGAAACAUGGAUUUCGUAGCACUAUUCCUGAAGACAAAGCACAAUCAAAGCAAUGGCUACCAAGAAGUGGAAGUGCCUCACUCAAAGCAAAAGCAGACCAGUCAAGAGCACAGGUCAUGGCAACAGUAUUUUGGGGCUCAAGACACUUUGCUUGUUGACUUUCAGGAGGACCAAAGAAUGGUAGCAUCUGCUUAUUAUGAGAGGGUUUUGAGAAAGCCAACUUUAGCAGAAAAUUCUUGGGAAAGCUUCAGGAGAGUCCUCCUCCACCAUGACAAUGCUUCUGCUUAUUCCCGUCAUCAAGGGCAAUUUUGGGAGAAUUUUGGUGGGAAAUCAUUACAGUCCCAAUCUGGCUCCUCCUAACUUCUUUUUGUUUCCUAAUCUUAAAAAUUC